AUGAGUGAUUCAGAUGAUAACACUGAAAAGAAACCUAUUGUAAUAAAAAAUGCAACUGAUUUACAAAGACUUAAGUUAGAGAAACUAAUGAAAAAUCCCGAUAAGCCCGUGGUAAUUCCAGAGCCACCUAAAUCUAAAUCUUUAGCUGCACCACCGGACUUUGUCCGUAAUGUAAUGGGUUCUAGUGCUGGAGCUGGCUCGGGUGAAUUUCACGUAUACCGUCAUUUAAGGCGAAAAGAAUACGCGAGGCAGAAAUUCAUACAAGAGAAAAGUGAAAAAGAAAAACUUGAUGAUGAAUAUCAUCAGAAAAUAGAAGAAAAUCGAAGAGCAGCACAGGAGAGAACAGCAAAGAAAAGAGCCAAAAGAUUAAAGAAAAAGAAAAAUGCUAAACUAAAAGGAAAGAAGCCAAAGACAGAAAAUAGCCAGAACCCCUCAUCUCAGUCUGAUUCCAGUGGAGAAGAAGAUAACAAUGAACAUAAUGAAACAAACACAGAGACUUCUACUGAAGUUAAAAAUAAUGAAAAUAGUCCAUGA